UUGUGUUGCAACAGAAUUUUAUUUCCUAAAGACAGGGUUUGCGCUCAGUUUCAAUAUCAGAAUAGUAAGAUAUUUCAUUAGAGUAUAGCUUUAAUUUUUAUGUGAGUUGUUAAACUAGAAAUCUUGUCAAAUAUUUUUAUUUUUAUCCCUCUAGUGUGAAAAGACUUGGGACUUGAUGGAACAGCUAGAAGAUCUUCAAGUAAUUUCUCACAUUAAACAUCUGCAGGAAGAUAUUUAUACAAUGAAAACACGGUCUAGCAGCAUAAUUAAAACACAAGAACAACUGCAGAAGAAUUUAACAACCCUUUUUCAUGCUGUUUCAAGUGUUGAACAGACUGCAGCUUCUGUAGCAAAAAAUGUAACUUUAACCAUUGUGACAGUGAAAACUGACAUAAGGCGCAUUUCAGGCCUGGUCUCGGAUAUGACUGCACUGACAGAUUCUUUGCAAACAUUGGAAGAUAAAGUCGAAAAAGGUGAAAAGAAGACAGUAAAAAAUAUAGGUGACUUGCUAACCAGUAGCAUCGACCGCAGUACAAAACUACAAAGCUCAGCAUCCAGUAACGCAAGAAAAAUUGAGCAAAUUAAAACGGCAUUAUCUGAGUUAAGGAGCGAUUUUAACAAGCAUUCGGAUAGACUUUUGAAUCUUGAAGGUGACAGAGCAAAAGUUCUGAAGACAGUUACAUUUGCAAAUGAUUUAAAACCCAAGAUGUACAAACUUAAAAAGGAUUUUGCCAUCUUGGAGCCAUUAAUAAAUGACCUAACACUGAGAAUAGGAAGAUUAGUGGAGGAUGUAUUACGACGGGAGAAGGAAAUUGCUUUACUCAAUGAGAAACUGGCCAAUCUAACGAGUUCAAACUGAGAUCAAAGAUAUGAAAUAACCAAGAUUUCAGACGUGAAUUGAUCACUGUGAAUUGCCUCUGCCUAAAGAAUUGUAGUGUUUGAGUGUGAACUCCAUCACGUGUAGUACUAAGACAGUAUUUACAGGCUUCAUUUAGAAGCACACCAAAACUUAACUAGAGAUUUGUCCUCUUCAUUUGAAAAGGACAGAAAAAAGUAAUCAUCAUUUCAAGGGACAAGCUAUAAUGUGAGCAAAAAAAGGUGUGUCUCUGCAUGUAUUU